UUUAGAGGCGUCCUCGAGCCGACGGAUAGUGCAACGAUUUAUUCGCAGUGUCGCAUCAAAAUGGCAGACCUAGAUUCCAAUUACAUAGAAGGACUUUCGGAUUACCGCUGGAAAGAAGCAGAGAUACCAAUUUAUGUAGACCGUGAUAUAGACGUUAAGGAUUGGAUAGCAAUUUCUGCUGAACCUGCGACUGACAAACCACGGGCCUGGAAAAUCACUGACUCUGGUAUCGUAGAAUGGAGUUUAGCCGCCAAAGGAAAAUUCUUCAGCCAAGAAGUGUACAUAGUGUUGAAUCGUACAUCUCUUAAAACAUCAACUAGUUGUGAUAUCCACUGCUGGAUUGGUAAGCAAGCCUCGUCCGAGUUGUACAAAAAGGCUUUGUAUAAUGCUACUGCGUUUGGCGAGGCGAUGGAAGGCAGAGCACUUGUUCACCGAGAAGUUCAAGACUUUGAAUCAAAGCGGUUUAUUAAUUAUUUUCAAUAUUUUACGGUUUUAAAAGGAGAAUCUGAUCAAAUGGCAAACUGUGACCUCCGCUCUGAAUACAAGACACGGCUUCUCCGUUUGACUGGACCAAAUGCUGCGGGAAAGAUUUGCGUUCGAGAGACGGCAACGAAGAGGGGAGCACUGGACUCGAAUGAUGUGUUUAUAAUUGACAGUGGACUCAAAAUUUACCAGUGGAAUGGUAUGUUUAACAAAGAUAGAAAGAAGGCUGAGAAAGCUACUGAAUACGCCAAACAGCUUCAGGCUGAGCGUGGAACAUCAGGAUUCACUGUGGUCAUUGUUGAUGAAAGCGAGAAGACAAAGAACCAUGCUUUGUACGAUCUUUUCCCAUAUCAGGCUAAAAAGCGAAAACCAUCCAGACAAGAGUCUAUUGCACUAACUGUUGGACAACUUCAGAAGAAAAAAAUGAUGUUUACCGUCAGUUUGACUCCUCGACUGGAAUUCAAGAAAGUUGCUGAAGGAGCAGAUCUGUGCAGCCGAAGGAUGAAAUCUGAAGAAGUGACCCUUGUUGAUGUGCGUUUCGGAAAAAUGGAUGCAGAAGACCAUUUGUUCGUUCGAGUUGGAGAAGACUGGGCAGGCGACAAGAACAGUGGCUUGAUGUAUGCACAUCACUACCUUAAGCAGUGCCCAGAUGUGGACCAGCAUCCCACUAUUGCCGUCACUGUGGUCAAGGAAGGACAACUGUCCACUCAAUUGAAUGGCGCAAUAAGCUCAUAGAUUCAACCGUCGUAUCAAAGCAAGUCCUCGAAGAUUAUUCACAAGAUUAGUUUAGAUUCCAAAUAAAGAAAAAUCCAUUGUUUCUUCCACUUAUGCAAUGCAAUUCUAGGAACUCCUUGAAUUUCAAUAUCAUAGUAAAAGGCAAACUGCUUUGUUUUAAUAAUGCAGGUUUACAGACCAAUGAGAAGUUUUGUCUAGAAGUUGAGAACAAUAAAAGCAUUAAACCUAAA